AUGGAGCAGCUGGGCGUGAUUGAAGAGGUUUCUGAGCCCACUCCAUGGUGUGCCCCAAUGGUGCCGGUCGCCAAAAAGAAUGGAGACAUUAGAAUAUGUGUCGACCUCAAACAACUAAACGAAGUCGUCAUUCGUGAAAAGUAUGUUUUGCCAACCUUGGAUGACGUCACUUCUAAACUGGCAGGGGCGACAGUCUUUUCUAGCCUCGAUGCUGCCAGCGGUUUCUGGCAGAUACCGUUAGACGACGCUAGCAAGAGGUUGACUACUUUUAUAACCCUCUUCAAGAGGUACUGUUUCCGUCGCUUGCCAUUCGGCAUAACUAGCACUCCAGAGAUAUUUCAGAAACGCAUGAGUGAGCUACUUCGGAACGUCGAGGGAGUAUGCUGCUAUAUGGACGACAUCUUAGUAUAUGGUCGUACUCGUGAAGAACAUGACCAUAGACUUGAUGAAGUGCUGAAUACUAUCCAUGCCUCAGGGCUGAAGCUGAAGAAGGAAAAAUGCAUUUUUGGUCAGAAGGAAUUGGGUUUUGUGGGACAUCGUCUCAGUAAAGAGGGCAUUAGACCCGACCCAGAAAAGGUCCGUGCUAUCCGGGACCUCAGCAAACCCCAAAAUCUGACUGAGUUAAAACUGAUGCUGGGUAUGAUUAAUUACCUUUGCCGUUACCUUCCACACAGCACUACCGUGUUGCAGCCGUUGAAUGAGCUACUGAGAGAUGACAGAGUGUGGAGGUGGUACAAAAGUCAAGAGGAGGCGUUCACAAAAGUGAAAGAAAUGUUAGUUGCGGCCCCAGCGCUGCCAUAUUACGACGUGAACAAGCCAACAGUCGUCACGGCCGAUGCCAGCAGUUACGGAAUAGGGGGGGCAUUGCUUCAAGAGCAUGAUGGGAAGAUGCUUCCAGUGGCCUUCUGUUCCCAUACUCUCACAGCCGCUGAGAAACGCUACGCUCAAAUUGAAAAAGAGUGUUUGGCUUCAGUUUGGACAUGCGAAAAGCUGUCCCAAUAUCUCUGCAGUUUAGAGUCCUUCAAAGUACUCACAGAUCAUAAACCUUUAGUCCCUUUGAUAAACCAGAAAACCCUUGACGAGGUCCCCAUUCGCUGUCAGCGGCUCCUAAUAAGGAUGAUGCGCUUCAACCCAGUGGCAGUGUAUACCCCAGGAAAGUCUCUGCUUAUAGUGGACACGCUGUCCAGACAUCCCCUGGCCAACUCAGAACAGUCAGACCUCGAGGAGGAAGUCGAGGCCUAUGUAGCUGGAGUCGAGGAGCACUUGCCAGCUUCACCUCAGAAGCUACAUCAGAUAGCUGAUGCUAUGAAAGCAGAUGAAGAGUUGCAAAGCGUGCUUAAAAAUGUCCAGCAAGGGUGGCCUAAACAUAUAAAAGCGGUGCCUGUCAAUCUGCGAGCCUACUUUAGCCAACAAGGGUUUCUGAGUGAGUCUGCAGGGCUUCUCCUGCAUGGAUCAAGAAUCGUAAUCCCAAUCAAAAUGAGGGAUGAAGUACUUGCCCGCAUUCAUGAAGGCCACCAAGGACUUAGUAAGUGUCGUGAGCGGGCAUGCCUAUCAGUGUGGUGGCCAGGCAUCAGCUCUGAUCUAAAACGUAACGCGAACCAGUGCCAGUUGUGCCAGAAUAAUAAGCCCACUCAAUGCAAGGAGCCACUGCUAGUGACAAAGUUACCCCCAGGUCCAUGGAGACACCUUGGGGUAGAUCUCUGCGAAGCAGGUAGCCAUCAAUACCUUGUUGUAGUGGAUUAUUAUUCAAGAUUUAUUGAAAUAGCCCACUUGGUGAACAUGACAAGCAGAAGAGUGAUUGGCAAACUAAAGAGCAUGUUUGCACGUUUUGGCAUCCCAGAAAGGCUGUGCUCUGACAAUGCUCGACAGUUUACAUCAGUCGAGUUUAAGACAUUUACAGAACAAUAUGGUUUUGUUCACGUGACGUCCAGUCCUCACUUCCCACAAUCGAACGGAGAAGCAGAGAGGGCCGUUCAGACAGCAAAGAAAAUACUAAAGCAAGAUGACCCCUUCUUGGCCCUUCUCGCGUAUAGGGCAACUCCAAUAGCAGCUACAGGGUGUAGUCCAUCGCAGCUUCUCAUGGGAAGGCAUCUCCGGACUACAGUUCCAGUGAUGGCAAGUAACUUGGACCCUGAAUGGCCUGACUUGAAAAGAGUGGAAGUUAAGGAUCGCAAAGCCAAGGAUUCUUACAGAUACUUCUUCAAUCGACGGCAUGGUGCUAGAUCCUUAUUGCUGCUAUCUCCUGGGGACUCAGUGCGCCUAAAGCUGGAUGGUGAAAAGGAGUGGAAGACGAAAGGGAUCGGGAUACUGCUAUUCAACAUGAACGAGAUCUACCCAGCCGCACAACAGAUGUUGAGGAAAGUCACCUACCUGGGGUUCCAAGUGAGCAAUUACCUGAGGCGAAUCAAGGAACGUCUGUUCCUUCCUUAG